CAUGAGACGACAUCUUCCUCGGCAUUUCCCACGAUAGCUUCAAAAACUCAAAUCUGUCAAAUAACCUUCUCAAACUUCUUCUAGACAGUAUCGUUAGGAUACCCCUAAUUCGAUCGCUUGAAUUGCAAAUUCACCAUGGCUGACUUCACUCAAUACGGACAUGCGACAGCAGAAUGGCUAGCAGUCACGGAUAGCAGGCCGCCUAUUCCAGGCCAUCUGGAACUGAAGGAGAUGCAGCGCCUUACCAACAUGUACCGAGAACAACUGGCCCUCAGCGAGAUGGAGAAGCUUAAAGACUACCCUAUUCUCAUGAAAGAUUACACCGUCACUUCAAGAGAUGGCUUUCCUCUCGAGGUUCGAACCUAUCGACCAGCUUCCGCCGAAGAAGGCGCUCGUCUGCCUGUCUAUAUACAUCUCCACGGAGGCGGCUAUGUCUUUGGUAACAUUCCUUCUGAAGAUGGUAUCUGCACUCGCAUCGUCGAGGAAGUUAGAGGGACUGCUCUGGGAGUAAAUACCUUACCAGCUUCAGCGGUGCCGCUUUUCCAGUCUGUCACCUUGUCGUGCUUCCGGACCUUUUCGCCGUAUAGUUCGGGCAGGUUAUGUAGGCCCUCGGUGAGAGCGAGGGGCACGUCAACUAACGAAGCUCUCUUCUAUGGACAGAAGCUUGUCGAAGCAGGAGUUCCCACGGAUGUCCAUGUUUUUAAUGGUCUGCCUCACGGCUUCCGUCGCUUUGGAGAUCAAUUGGCUGAGAGUAAGCGAUGGGACAAGGUCAUGGAGGAUGGAAUCAAGUGGGCACUCUCGAAGCCCGAGCCGACUGGAAAGUUUGAGAUCAAGCUUGAGUAA